CGGUCCGUUUCUAGCCUCGCGGCCCUAGGUCUCGCGUUCUUCCGCGUGAAAUCCUAGCGUCAUGGCAACCGAUAUUAUUUAUACAGCGAUUUGUGUCUCGGGCAACCAGAAAGUUGUUGGCUUUAGCGUUAGCUAGGCAGUGUUGUAAAGCUGAGACGGUUAUAUACAGUGGGCAUAACGGCGAGAUAGCUUGAUAAAAGUAUAUCGAAAGACAAGGACGGGAUUUAUUUUGACUUGACCCAGAAGUACCACAAUGGAAACGCCCGAUGGAGCAAUAUAUAACCAAAGGCAACAGGCUGCAAUGAACUUCAAGGCUUUUCUGUUGAAAAAUAGCACAAAAACCAACCUCAACCUGUAUGACCACCUAGCACGUCUGCUUACCAAAGUGAUGGACGAGCGGCCGGAGAACGCCGUGGAUGUGAUCGAGGACAUGAGCCGCGAGGUUAAGCGGAGCAUGCUUCAGGCCCAGCAGAGCGCCCUGCGGGACAGCCCGGUCCCCACCGCCAGGCACCGGCUAGCACAACUACAGAAAAGCCUGUUUUCCCAACGGGCGGCGGACGACGGAGACCAAGGAGAUGAGCUGGUGGAGACACCUCUACCCAAUGUGGCUGAGCUGAGUUUCUUCCUGGAACAGGCCGGCGUGGCCUUGGGCCGUGAGGAGAUGCAGAGGAUCUUUCUAGCCCUCAAGCAACUGGUAGACACGCAGCCUCUCCAACGCUGCCGCCUCUGGGGCAAAAUCCUUGGCAUCGAGGGAAACUACAUAGUGGCUGAAGUGGAAUACAGAGAUGGGGAGGAGGAGGAAGAGGAGGAAGGAGCAGAGGAAGCACAGGAAGACGAGAGAGAGAGAGGCGCUCAAGAGGAAGAUGGAGAGACUGUGGAAGUGGUUGAUCCAUUGCCCAAGUCAGCCUAUAAACCGCCCCCAGCGGUUCCCAAAGAGCCCCAACAUUCUGGCACAAACAAGUUCACGUAUUUUGUGUGCCGGGAGCCAGGCCUGCCCUGGGUCCGCCUUCCUAAUGUCACCCCAGCUCAGAUCAUAGUUGCACGGCAGAUUCAGAAAUUCUUCACCGGGCGGCUUGACGCACCCAUUGUGAGCUACCCGCCGUUCCCGGGCAAUGAGGCCAACUACCUGCGAGCCCAGAUCGCCCGCAUCUCAGCAGGCACCCAGAUCAGCCCACUGGGCUUCUACCACUUUGGGGAGGAAGAGGAGGAGGAGGAGGAAGGAGCACGCGACAGCAUAAAGGAGAAUCUCGACUUUGAGGGCAUCCCCGUGCAGGAGAUGGCCGAGUCGUUGUCUACCUGGGUGCACCACACACAGCACAUCCUCAAACAGGGUCGUUGUACAUGGGUCAACCUGGCUGAAAAGGCCGAGAUGGAUUUUGAAGAAGACGCUGAGGAAGAGGAAAAGAGGGAAGAGCCCGAUGAGCCUGAACCGGAGAUUGGACCGCCACUUCUCACUCCGCUGUCAGAGGACGCAGAGCUAAAUGACAUCCCUCCUUGGAGCACCAGAAUCUCCUCCCAUCUCAUUCCUCAGUUUGCCAUUGCUGUGGUCCACUCCAACCUGUGGCCAGGCGCCAGUGCCUACGCCUGUGGCAAGAAGUUUGAGAACAUCUACAUUGGCUGGGGGUUGAAGUUCUCCGGUGAGGGCUACACCCCGGCUGUGCCGCCCCCUCCGCAGAGCGAGUACCCGAGCGGUCCCGAGGUGACGGAGGCCGUGGACCCCAGCGUGGAGGAGGAGCGGGCCCUGAAGGCUGCCCUGGAGGAGCAGCGGGCUGCUCAAGAGGAAAAUGAAGGCCUGGAGAUGGACGAUGAUGAAGAGGAGGAUGACUGAGCAGGAGGGACUCGGAUGCAGCAGAGGAAAAUGGAAGCCCGUGAUACAAGUAAUGGAACAAGAGCUUACAGCAUCGGUGUAUGCGGCUACAUCCUGCUCCUCAUGUGCAUCAAGAAGUUUCUGUUAAACAAAAAA